GUUAAAGGAGUACUUUUUGUUUCUCAGGUUCCGGGAAAAGAUGUCGUUGGCGGCGGACCCACGCCAGUAACAAAUGCACAUAUGUCUGGAUCUAGAUGUGAAAGAGUGCAACUUGUGACGGGAAACGCUGCCUUUGAACUCUAUGUUGAAAAUCUGCAAGUAUUGCAAGAGCAGCGAGAGAUGUCAAGUUCAAGUUUUUGCUACACGGAGGAGGCAUUCCCCAUGUGGUUUAGGCAGCAGGGUCAGGAAGUCCACACAAAAUCUGUGAUCCCAGGGCACGCACUACAGAUCUUGUUAUGGCUCGUGUAAAAUGUGCUGCGUUCCGGCUACUCUGGAUCGCGAUCGAUGGAGACAGGGCGGGACCUGCACCGGCGACAGGCACUAGCCAACCUCCAGCCAACCAAUCAAUGAGCCAAGAUUUGCAUUUUUUCGGACAUCACCCAGACAUGUUUGCAUGUGGUAGCCAUUGGGCGGACGCCAUUGGCGCGACGAUGGUGGGACGGGAGAGCUUUCUCCCCAAUCACCACCUUAAUUUGGACAGUCCCUUUCGCCAGUUCACCACCCCGGCGGAAUCUGCCUUGUCUCUUCAGCCGGAAUCCUUUCUGCCCCGAAUGCUGUCCAAUCCGAAACUGCUGUUGCACCGCGCGCUACGCAUGAAUGACUACAAAUUAGCCGAAAAAAUUCACACCGAUUACUACCACAGCGAUCAACACUUGGACGACUUGCUCUACCCCGUCGUGAUGGGGCAUGCGACAAUUUCUUGCAAUUCGCGAUACGAGCAGGAGGAAAACUAUUUUAGGACGAGCAAGAAGAACUUAUUGUCGAGCACCCACGGAGCCGAAGGCGGUGGUGGAACGCGACUACCCCUACGACCACGAAAAACUGCCGGCACGACAACAUCCUCGAUGGCGCGGAAAGG